AUGUCAACCCACACGCCCUCCCCGCACCGCUUCCUAGCACCCAAGUCGCCUUCGACCCAAAAGCUGAAGAAACCCCAAUCCGGUCUGCGCAACGCUCUCGCUGUACAAACACCAGCAUCUACCAAACCAGCGCAGCCAAAAUCUGAGCUAUCGCUUAAGAAACUGACGCCUGCGAAACGUUUUGUACUUGCGCCGCCACGACCAGCAGUCGGAGUCGUCAAGGAGAAACGCGGUGAGGCACACGAGGACACAUUCACCCUCUCCACGCCGCUUGCAAAGCCGCGAAGGAAAUUCGAGCGGAUAGAAAGCAUAGAGGAACCAUCUCAAUCAAGCCAGUCAGGGCAGGAUGAGAAUGGUGAGCCUAUUAUACAGUCCAUUGAAGGUGGAGACACACAGCUGGGCCAUUGGGUAGAACAAGAAGCAGACCGGGAAGAUGACAUGCUUUUCGAAUCUGUCCAAACGAACAAGCGUCGUCGCAUCUCUCCAGAAAGCUCUCCUUCGCUCCAAGGACUGUCUGAACCCUCUACACCGGUACCCGUAUCAAACGCAAAGAUGCACCGUUUCAAAGUUCCCCCACCACAUACCCCUGCGCCAUUUCCCAGCAUUGCAGCAGUGACGUCCAUGCCAGCCGCUGCGCCGCAACGUCCACAUUUCAUACUUCCCGCGCUACCUACAUCGCCACCAAAGCCCUCCCGACCGCUCCCUGAGAUCUUCUCUCCUUCGCGCAAGAACGGCAAAUACAUACCCAACGGUCUAGCAUCGACAGUGACGAGCUGGAUCAUAGAGACGGCAAACACUGGUUUUGCGGCGCAGGACAGGAGUGCUAUCGUCUGUGGUCGUGAUAAGGAGGAUGGCGUUAAGUUGCGAGUAAUGGUGACCGACCUGUCGAGAGGCGGGGACCGACCGCAGAAAGAUGGUAAAGUGGAGUGUUAUUCAGGCGGCAUCGUCUUUGUACGUGCCAAUACCAAGCCUGGCAUGUAUAAUGCUUCGAGAGCAGGGAGUACAGGUGCUGAAGAUAGCCCGAUAAGAAUCUUGCUAGCUGGUCAAGGCGGUGCUAGAGCCUCGGGAGGUGUGCUCGUCAAGACGGGGAGCGUGGUCGGUAUUCGCGCACCCAUGUGGGAAGUUGAUGUUGGAGAGGAUAGGUGGACAGUGGCCGUGGACUGGGUGCUAUUAUGA